UUCGCUCGCAACUGUAUCGUUCAGCUAGUCUGCCCGUUCUACGGUCAGCUGCUUAGUCGCCAGGUACGACCCCGUUCAGCUUCGAGCGCUGUGUUCAGUCCGGAAGGCUAUCGACACCGUCACACCAAUGUCGCGAUUAGUGUUGUAGUAGCUGCUACUUUUCUUUUUCGUGCUUUACAUAAUAUGUGCAAACUUGACCCAGUUGGAGUGGAAUUUCGCGAACCAAAAGGAUGCUGUUCCUGACGAGGAUUCCCGCCGCGGGUGUAGUUGCCCUUCGCCAAGGAUGUUCCUGUGCGGUAGCUGGCGUGCUGAACCAACCUUCCAGAAGCAACAGUAGCAGCAGCAGCAGCAGUCCAACGCCACCCAACCGAAGAACGCCCCUAGAAUUGCUGCAGGAUAAGCUGAGUAGGGGCGAGAUUCGACCCGAUCCGCACCAGAACCAGAUCACUGAGGCGCUGCAGAAGGUGUACGACAGUAUUCAGGGCUACGAGCCCCCGAAGCCCACCGGCGGAAUCGGGAAGUGGUUCGGCUUCAAGGCGGAAAAGGUCGAGGCGCCCAAGGGACUGUACAUUUACGGCAGUGUGGGUGGCGGCAAAACCAUGCUGAUGGACAUGUUCUACGACUGCUGUGAGAUAAACCGCAAGCGGCGCGUCCACUUCAACUCGUUCAUGACGGACGUCCACACCAAGAUCCACGAGAUCAAGUCGAAGCAGGUGCGCGACGUCACCAGCACCAAACCUCAACCCUUCGAUCCGAUCAAACCGGUGGCGGAGAUCAUCACCGCCGACUCGUGGCUGAUUUGUUUCGACGAGUUUCAGGUCACCGACAUUGCGGACGCGAUGAUUCUCAAGCGGCUGUUUACGUAUCUGUUUGAUAGCGGCGUAAUCGUGGUAGCAACGAGCAAUCGAGCCCCCGACGACCUGUACAAGAACGGGCUACAGCGGUCGAACUUUGUGCCGUUUAUUGGGGUGCUGAAGAGCCACUGUAACGUGGUUACGCUGAGCAGUGGGGUGGACUACCGGACGGCGACCCUGAAGGGCGAAGGAAUGCACUAUUUUGUCAAAUCUGAAGUAGAUGCCGACGGAGCGAUGGAUAAGCUUUUCAAGGUGUUGUGUUCUCAAGAAAACGACUUGAUUCGACCAAAGACGUUCACCCAUUUUGGUCGUAACAUAUCAUUCGCCAAGACCUGCGGACAAGUUUUGGACAGCACAUUCGACGAGCUGUGUGAUAGACCGCUCGGAGCGUCGGACUACCUUCAAAUCACGCAAUUUUUCCACACCGUACUGAUAAGGGAUAUUCCACAGUUGAACUUGAAACUCAAAUCGCAAACACGACGCUUCAUCACGCUGAUUGACACGCUGUACGACAGCCGGGUUCGGCUAGUCGUCUCCUCGGACGUCCCGUACAAGUUCCUCUUUUCCAACGAAAAGCCCGACGACAUUCACACCUCGGACGAGCACCGGACGUUGAUGGACGACCUCAAGAUCACCAAGGAUUCGCAGGAUGCGAGCUCGAACAUCUUCACCGGUGACGAGGAGGCGUUCGCCUUCGAGCGAACCGUGUCGCGGCUGGCCGAGAUGCAAUCCGCGGAAUAUUGGUCGCUGUGGGAGAAGCAUCGCUAAGUCUCUGAGGGGCUGGUACUUAAUCGAAGCUGCUGCACAAAGAGUUUGUUUGUUUAGGAUAGAAGCGAAAACAAUGCUUUACGCGAUACGCUUUGGUUGUCGUGUUUUUAGAAGAUCGCGAAUACUAGUUAGUUAAGUGUCCUGUAAAUAUAUUUAUUUCAAAUUUUAGGAAAUGUAAAGAGAGAAGUAUUAAAUAAAAGCACAGCCAGUGCUUGAAGCGAA